GGCUGCAGGCGAUCCGGAGCGGGGCCCCGGCAAUUCGGACUAAGCCUUCUCUCUCCACCCCGCCGCUGCCGGGCCGCGCCCCUCCCGCCCGGGCCCCGGCGGCCUCCCCUCCCCCUCGGCCCCGACGCCCCCCGGCGCCCCUCCCCCCCACUCCUUCCGCUCCCCCCCCCCCCCCCCAAGCCGCGGCUCCGACAUGAGGGGCCGGCGGGGCAGGCCGCCCAAGCAGCCCGCGGCUCCCGCUGCGGAGCGCUGCGCUCCGGCCCCGCCGCCGCCGCCUCCGCCGCCGCCACCGCCGCCGCCGCCUCCGCCACCGCCGCCGCCGCCGCCCGCGUCCGGACCCAUCGGGGGGCUGCGCUCGCGGCACCGCGGCAGCAGUCGGGGCAGGUGGGCCGCCGCCCAGGCUGAGGUGGCGCCCAAGACGCGGCUGAGCUCGCCCAGGGGGGGCGGCCGCAGGAAGCCGCCGCCGCCACCGUCGCCGGCCUCCGGCAGCAGCGCCAGCGGCCCGGGCCGGGGGGGCCGAGGAGGCGGGGGCGGCAGGACGGGGGGCGGGGGCGGCCACCUGGCCCGGACCACCCCGGCCCGCCGCGCCGUCAACAAAGUGGUGUACGAUGACCACGAGAGCGACGACGACGACGAGGAGGAGGACAUGGUCUCGGAGGAGGACGAGGAGGAGGAAGAGGACGGCGACGCCGAGGAGACCCAGGAUUCUGAGGACGACGAGGAAGAUGACAUGGAGGAGGACGACGAUGACUCCGAUUAUCCGGAGGAGAUGGAAGACGACGACGACGACGCCAGUUACUGCACCGAAAGCAGCUUCAGGAGCCAUAGCACAUACAGCAGCACUCCAGGUAGGCGAAAACCAAGAGUACAUCGGCCUCGCUCUCCAAUAUUAGAAGAAAAGGACAUCCCACCCCUUGAAUUUCCGAAGUCCUCUGAGGAUUUAAUGGUGCCUAACGAGCAUAUAAUGAAUGUCAUUGCCAUUUAUGAGGUCGUGCGGAACUUUGGCAAUGUUUUAAGGUUGUCCCCUUUUUGCUUUGAGGACUUCUGUGCAGCUCUGGUGAGCCAAGAGCAGUGCACACUCAUGGCAGAGAUGCAUGUGGCACUUCUGAAAGCAGUUCUGCGCGAAGAGGACACAUCUAACACCACCUUCGGCCCUGCAGACCUGAAAGACAGUGUGAAUUCCACACUGUAUUUCAUCGAUGGCAUGACGUGGCCAGAGGUCCUGCGGGUGUACUGUGAGAGCGAUAAGGAAUACCACCAUGUUCUUCCUUACCAGGAGGCAGAGGACUAUCCCUACGGACCAGUGGAGAACAAAAUCAAAGUUCUGCAGUUUCUAGUCGAUCAGUUCCUUACGACCAAUAUUGCUCGUGAGGAGCUGAUGUCUGAAGGGGUGAUCCAGUACGACGACCACUGUAGGGUCUGUCACAAACUGGGAGACUUACUGUGCUGUGAGACGUGCUCAGCUGUGUAUCAUUUAGAAUGUGUGAAGCCACCUCUUGAAGAGGUGCCAGAGGAUGAGUGGCAGUGUGAAGUCUGUGUAGCACACAAGGUGCCUGGAGUGACUGACUGUGUUGCUGAAGUCCAAAAGAAUAAACCAUAUGUUCGACAUGAACCUAUUGGAUAUGACAGAAGCCGGAGGAAAUACUGGUUCUUAAAUCGAAGACUCAUAAUAGAAGAAGACACAGAAAAUGAAAAGGAAAAGAAAGUUUGGUACUACAGUACAAAGGUCCAGCUUGCAGAAUUAAUAGACUGUCUAGACAAAGACUACUGGGAAGCAGAACUGUGCAAAAUUCUAGAAGAGACGCGAGAAGAAAUGCACCAGCACAUGGACAUAACGGAAGACCUGACCAACAAAGCCCGGGGCAGCAACAAGUCCUUUCUAGCAGCAGCUAAUGAAGAAAUUUUGGACUCAUUAAGAAUCAAAAGAGGGGAAGAUAUUGACUGUGAUCAGAGCCCAGAAGAAACAGAAAAAGACAAGAAUGAGGUCGAGAGUGACAGUUCCAGAGAUGCCGAGAAGAACAGGGAGGACUCGGAAGACCAGUCCCUGGAGAAGGACAGUGACAACAAAGCCUUGGGUGAAGAGCCUGGGCAAGGAAAACCUGAGGAGCCAACAGAAGUUGGGGAUAGAGGUAACUCUGUGCCAGCAAAUCUUGGCGACAACACAGCUAAUGCUUCUUCAGAAGAGACUAGUCCCUGUGAAGGGAGGAGCCCCGAGGGCUGUCUCUCAGAAACCCAUGAUAGCAGCAACAUGACAGAGAAGAAGGUGGCAUCUGAGCUCCCCCCGGAUGUGCCAGAAGACUCUAACAAGACAUGUGACAGCAGUAACACUAGUGCUACCACUACCUCCAUCCAGCCUAAUCUGGAGAGCAGUAGCAGCAGUGAACUCAGCUCUUCCCAGAGUGACUCUGCUAAGGCAGCUGAUGACCCUGGCGCUGGGGAGAGCGACUCCCUCACACCUGUCUCUGCUCAGGAAGAGAUAGGGGAUUUCAGAUUGGAGAAGUCUAACGGAGAAAUCGUCGAGUCCCCUGGAGCUGGGAGAGGAACGUCUGGCUCCACUCGCAUCAUCACCAGAUUGCGGAACCCAGACAGCAAACUCAGUCAGCUCAAGAGCCAGCAGGUGGCAGCUGCGGCCCAUGAAGCAAACAAAUUGUUUAAGGAGGGCAAAGAGGUGCUGGUAGUUAACUCCCAAGGAGAAGUUUCACGGUUGAGCACCAAAAAGGAGGUGGUCAUGAAAGGGAAUAUCAACAAUUAUUUUAAGCUGGGACAAGAAGGGAAGUAUCGUGUCUACCACAAUCAGUACUCUACCAAUUCCUUUGCUCUGAAUAAACACCAACACAGGGAGGACCACGACAAGAGGAGGCACCUUGCACAUAAGUUCUGUCUCUCUCCAGCUGGGGAGUUCAAAUGGAAUGGAUCUGUCCACGGGUCCAAAGUCCUUACCAUAUCUACGUUGAGACUGACCAUAACGCAGCUGGAAAGCAACAUCCCUUCGUCCUUUCUUCAUCCCAAUUGGGCUUCACACAGGGCUAACUGGAUCAAGGCCGUUCAGAUGUGUAGCAAACCCAGAGAGUUUGCGUUGGCUCUUGCAAUUUUGGAGUGUGCCGUUAAACCUGUUGUGAUGCUGCCAAUAUGGCGGGAGUCUUUAGGACACACAAGGUUACAUAGGAUGACAUCAAUUGAAAGGGAAGAAAAGGAGAAAGUUAAAAAAAAGGAGAAAAAACAGGAGGAGGAGGAGACGAUGCAGCAGGCCACGUGGGUAAAAUACACGUUUCCAGUGAAGCACCAGGUUUGGAAACAAAAAGGAGAGGAAUACAGAGUGACAGGGUAUGGAGGCUGGAGCUGGAUUAGUAAAACACAUGUUUAUAGGUUCCUUCCCAAAUUACCAGGCAACACCAAUGUGAACUACAGGAAGCCCUUUGAAGGAGCCAAAAAUAAUACAGACGAUAAUAAGGAUGAAUCAGAUAGAAGAAAAAGUCCACGAAGUCCAAAAAAAAUUAAGACAGAAUGUGAUUCUGGGAAAGAUGAGGCAAAAGAUGCUGAAGCUGCAGCAGCAGCAGACGACAGUGCAAUGGAGCUCUCCAAGGUGUCCGAGAAGAAGGACCACGAUGUAAAAGAAGCUUUGGAGUCUGAUAACGACAAAUCCUUCAAGGAAGAACCAAUGGAGAUAGAUGAUAUUGUGAAAACAGAGUCCCAUGUAAACUGUCAGGAGACUACUCAAGUGGAUGUGGUCAAUGUCAGUGAGGGGUUCCAUCUAAGGACUAGUUACAAAAAGAAAACAAAAUCCUCAAAACUGGAUGGGCUCCUGGAAAGGCGUAUUCGACAGUUCACACUGGAAGAGAAGCAGCGCCUUGAAAAGUUGAAGCUGGAGAGUGGGGUGAAGGGAGUAGGCAAGCCCCCCAUAAGUGCUCUGCAAAGCCCCUCUGAAUCCGCAGUAACUGCGAAGGCCAACGAAGGCUGUCAGAGUGACUUGCUUAGACAGGAACAGAGCCCCAGUCCAAGCCAGGCUAGCCCUGGGGACUCAGGGCAGGGGUGCUCACCAAGUGAUUCUACAGUUCUUGGCCUCAGUGAUACUAGUCUGAGUACAAACCAACUCUAUCAGAAAGAUCAAGUGUCAGAUGGUGUCUCUGUUCAGAGUUCAGGGCCAAACUGUCACAGACAGAGCUCUGUUGAAAGUGACCUUGAUGCCAGGGUCUCAGAGCCCACCAGUAAGGGACUGGAACUAAGUCAGACUAAAACAAAAGGAAGUGACUUUUUCAUUGAUGACUCUAAACCAGCCAGUGCAGAUGACGUUGGUACCUUGAUCUCUAAGAGCAAAAAGUCACUCCCACAGGAAGAUAGCAUUAUUGUGCCUUCUUCCAAGAGUACUUUACCUGUAUCAGUACCUAAAAGUACCGGUGACAGAGAUGCCCGGUCCUUCUCAAAAGGAGUGGACUUUGAUGGGAAACCACUUUGUGACUCUGAAUAUAAUAGCACUUUGGAAAAUAGUUCUGAUACUAUGUCUAUUCAGGAUAGCAGUGAAGAAGGCAUGAUUGUUCAGAAUAGCAAUGAAUGUAUCUCUGAGCAGUUCACAACAAAAGACCAAGGCAUGGAGAGUGUGGAGCCGUCAAAAUAUGAGUUAGUUCCUAAAUCUGCUGAAAAUUGUGAAGAUAAACUACAGGGUAAGGUAACUGAAGCAAAUGGUAAAAAAAUAGGGCAGCACCAGAAGCUGGACGAGAGAUCAGUUAACAAAUGUGUUGGCCAAGUAAGCCUAAAACAUAUCACCGACAAAAAGAAUAAUGAAAAUCGAGAUUCUGAAAAGAAAGGACACAAGGCAAAUAAAUUCCAGGUAAAUGGCAAAGAUAGUAAAGUUAAGGGGUUCCUGAAAGGGCAGUGUGCGAAGGACAGCUCUGAAGGGAAAGCUGUGAAUGUUACUGUUGAACCAAAGGUCAAUAAUGUCAAUAAAGUGAUCCCUGGAAAUAUCAAGUCACUGGCUGUUAAAGAAUUUGCUGUGAAGCCCUUUGUUAAUGGUGACAUCAGCAUGGAAGAUUUCAAUGAACAAAACAGUUCAGAAACCAACUCACAUUUACUGAGUCCUUCAGAUGCCAAAGGUAAUCACCAAGACAGCCUACACACCCUACCGACCACCAAAGAGUCAGACAGUACCCAGGUAACCAUACCUCCAGCCCCUUGCCCAGAAAGUAGCUCAUGUAAUCAGGAGGAAGAUAUGGAAACGGAGAGUUCAGAGGUUAAGAAGGUUACCCCAUCUCCUGUUGCUUCUAACCUUAGUAAUGACUUCAUGGAUGAAAAUGGUCUACCUUCCAGCAAGGACAGGAAUGUCAAUGGAGAAUCCAAAAGGAAAACAGUCAUCACAGAGGUCACCACGAUGACAUCCACAGUUGCCACAGAAUCGAAAACUGUCAUCAAGGUAGCAAAGGGGGACAAGCAAACUGUGGUUUCUUCCACAGAAAAUUGUGCCAGAUCCACUGUCACAACUACCACUACCACUGUGACAAAGCUCUCCACACCCUGCCCAGACAGUGAUAUUGACACCUUCUCUGUAAAGGAGCAGAGCAGAACCGUGGUCACCACGACAGUGACGGACUCCCAGACCACUGCAGGAAACACGCUGGUAACAUCCAUGACAGUGAGCAAAGAAUACUCCACCAGAGACAAGGUGAGACUGAUGAAGUUCUCCAGACCCAAGAAGACCCGCUCCGGAACAGCCCUGCCGUCCUACAGGAAGUUUGUUACCAAGAGCAGCAAAAAGAGCAUUUUCGUGUUGCCUAAUGAUGACUUGAAAAAGCUGGCCAGGAGAGGCGGGAUCCGGGAAGUCCCUUACUUUAAUUAUAAUGCAAAACCUGCCUUGGACAUAUGGCCAUAUCCUUCUCCUAGACCAACCUUUGGCAUCACGUGGAGGUAUAGACUUCAGACGGUAAAAUCCCUAGCGGGAGUGAGCCUGAUGUUACGGUUACUAUGGGCCAGUUUGAGAUGGGAUGACAUGGCAGCCAAAGCUCCUCCAGGAGGAGGGACUACACGGACAGAAACAUCUGAAACGGAAAUCACAACCACAGAGAUAAUUAAGAGGCGUGAUGUGGGUCCUUAUGGCAUUCGUUCUGAGUAUUGUAUCAGGAAGAUCAUUUGCCCGAUUGGAGUUCCAGAAGCACCAAAAGAAACACCCACACCUCAGCGGAAAGGCCUUCGGUCAAGUGCACUGCGGCCAAAGAGACCUGAAAUGCCCAAGCAGACGGGUCCUGUUAUCAUUGAAACCUGGGUGGCAGAAGAGGAGUUGGAACUCUGGGAGAUCAGGGCUUUUGCUGAGAGAGUGGAGAAAGAAAAGGCCCAAGCGGUGGAGCAGCAGGCUAAGAAACGUUUGGAGCAGCAGAAGCCUGCAGUCAUUGCUGCGUCUACCACAUCCCCAACAAACAGCACAAGCAGCACCGUCUCUCCAGCUCAGAAGGUGAUGGUGGCUCCCUUAAGUGGCUCAGUUACCCCUGGAACAAAGAUGGUGCUAGCCACCAAAGUUGGGUCUCCUGCCACAGUAACAUUCCAGCAAAACAAGAACUUCCACCAAACCUUUGCCACAUGGGUGAAGCAAGGCCAGUCCAAUUCAGCCACCAGCACAGCUGCCACCUCUGCUACAACCAUUGCCAGCACAGGUCAGACGUUCCAAAUUACAGGCAAUCCCGUCACUAUGGCAGGAAAAGUAAUUACCAAACUGCCACUUCCUGCAAACAGCAAGAUUGUCGCUGUAAAUGUGCCAGCAACACAAGGAGGCGUGGUCCAGGUACAGCAGAAAGUCCUGGGUAUCAUUCCAUCGACAACGGGUCCUAGUCAGCAGACCUUUACUUCAUUCCAGCCCAGGACUGCCACAGUAACAAUUAGGCCUAAUACCUCAGCCUCUGCAGGAACCACUACCACAUCCCAGGUACUCACGGGGCCUCAGAUCCGUCCUGGUAUGACGGUGAUUAGAACACCCCUCCAACAAUCAACACUAGGCAAGGCAAUUAUUCGAACCCCUGUGAUGGUGCAGCCAGGUGCUCCCCAACAAGUGGUGACUCAAAUCAUCCGAGGACAGCCUGUUUCCACUGCCAUUUCUGCUCCAAGUACAGCUUCUUCCGCACCUGGGCAAAAAGGCCUAAGUCCAGGAACAGCAGCUGGUACUCUGCAGCCCUCAGCUCCGCCACCACCUCGCCCCCAGCAAGGGCAAGUGAAGCUCACCAUGGCUCAGCUCACUCAGUUAACGCAGGGCCACGGCGGCAACCAAGGUUUAACAGUAGUAAUUCAAGGACAGGGUCAAACCACUGGACAGUUGCAGUUGAUACCUCAAGGGAUGACCGUCCUUCCUGGGCCAGGGCAGCAGCUCAUGCAAGCUGCAAUGCCCAAUGGUACCGUUCAGCGAUUUCUCUUCACCCCACUGUCUACAACAGCCUCGACCGCCACAGCCACCACCAGCAGCAGCAGCAGCACCACCACCACCACCACUUCUACAGCAGCAGGUUCAGGGGAACAAAAACAGAGUAAAUUGUCGCCCCAGCCCCAGGUGCAACCAGCCACAACCAUGGCGCCAGCUCAGUCAUCAAGUGUGAGUCCUGCAGAAGCCCAGCCACAGACUCCUCAGCCUGCAGCACAGCCCCAGCCCCAGCCACAGUCCCCAGCUCAGCCUGAAGUCCAGACCCAGCCAGCUAUCUCGUCCCAUGUCCCUUCUGAAGCACAGCCCUCCCAGGCACAGCCAUCUAAACCCCAGGAACAGUGUCAGCCUCAGAACAGUGUUCAAGGACAGUCUCCUGUUCGUGUCCAGAGCCCACCAUUGACUCGAAUACGCCCAUCAACUCCAUCCCAAGUGACUCCUGGACAGCAACCCCAAGUUCAGACUACAACCUCACAGCCGAUUCCAAUCCUGCCGCCCACAUCUCUGCAGACACCUUCCCAAGGCCAGCCACAGUCACAGCCCCAGGUGGUGAUGAAGCAUAAUGCUGUAAUAGAACAUUUAAAACAGAAAAAGACCAUGACUCCAGCUGAAAGAGAAGAAAAUCAAAGAAUGAUUGUGUGUAACCAGGUGAUGAAGUAUAUUCUGGAUAAGAUAGAUAAAGAAGAGAAACAGGCGGCGAAGAAACGCAAGCGCGAGGAGAGUGUGGAGCAGAAGCGGAGUAAGCAGAAUGCCAGCAAGCUCUCCGCUCUGCUGUUCAAGCACAAGGAGCAGCUCAGAGCUGAGAUCCUGAAGAAGAGGGCGCUCCUGGACAAAGAGCUGCAGAUCCAAGUACAGGAGGAGCUGAAGAGGGACCUGAAAAUGAAGAAAGAGAAAGAUAUGGCACAGGUGGUACAGGUCAGUGCUGCCACAGUGUCCAUACCUGCAGCACCAGCACCGCCACCGGCAGCCCCUCCAGCUCCUCCUCCUCCUUCGCCUCCCUUGGCACACAGUCUGCCACCUGCAGGCCACCCAGCAGCCCCACUGCCUGUCACUUCCCAGAAGAGGAAGCGGGAGGAGGAGAAGGACUCCAAGUCCAAGAAAAAGAAGAUGAUCUCCACCACCUCGAAGGAGGCCAAGAAGGACACCAGGCUGUACUGCAUCUGCAAGACACCCUAUGACGAGUCCAAGUUCUAUAUUGGCUGUGAUCUUUGUACUAACUGGUAUCAUGGAGAAUGUGUUGGCAUCACAGAAAAGGAGGCUAAGAAAAUGGAUGUGUACAUCUGUAAUGAUUGUAAGCGGGCACAAGAGGGCAGCAGUGAGGAAUUGUACUGUAUCUGCAGGACACCUUAUGAUGAGUCACAAUUUUAUAUUGGCUGCGAUCGAUGUCAGAAUUGGUACCACGGGCGCUGUGUUGGCAUCUUGCAGAGUGAGGCAGAGCUCAUUGAUGAGUAUGUCUGUCCACAGUGCCAGUCAACAGAGGAUGCCAUGACAGUGCUCACACCACUGACAGAGAAAGAUUAUGAGGGCUUGAAGAGGGUGCUGCGCUCCUUACAGGCUCAUAAAAUGGCUUGGCCUUUCCUUGAGCCAGUAGACCCCAAUGAUGCACCAGAUUACUAUGGUGUUAUUAAAGAGCCAAUGGACCUUGCCACCAUGGAAGAAAGAAUACAAAAACGGUAUUAUGAAAAGCUGACAGAGUUCGUGGCAGAUAUGACCAAAAUUUUUGAUAACUGCCGUUACUACAACCCCAGCGACUCCCCCUUCUACCAGUGUGCAGAAGUCCUUGAGUCCUUCUUUGUACAGAAGCUAAAAGGAUUCAAGGCCAGCAGGUCUCAUAACAACAAGCUGCAGUCUACAGCUCCUUAAGCUCAGCGUGUCACCUAAGCGAGACACAGUCUGGUGGUCUGCACUGUUUAAAUUAAAGCGCCAGAUGCUUUCGGUCAGGCUGUUCCGACAGGACUGACCAUGACUCGUUCCUGUUGGUCACAACAGUCCAGUUGUAUUCUUGGCCAGUUUUGUCCAACGGACAAAGGAAAAGCAGAGUCAACGGCACCGUUGUCUUGUGGGAGCAGAGGGCUUUACUGUUGUGCAGAAGCAGGAAACUUUUGUUUAUUGAAAAAAAAAAGAAAAAGCAAGAAAAAAAAGAUACUAUGGGGUCAAGUGUAACUCCGUGGAAAUGCCACGUCUGCUCUUCAGUGAAGAAGCUGUUUAGAGUCUCACAGAAAACUUUUUGACUGUAUUUAUUUAUUGUUGCAAAAAAAAAAAGACGCUUUUUUAUUGCUCCCUCGUGUGUCAGCUAAUUAUUUUUUCUUAUAAAAAUCCAGCCCUGGUUCGUGUAUCAUCCUAUCUUAUCAUGAUUCCUGUAGGUGACGUACAAGGCGACCUCUAGAUGUCUUUUCUUUCUAUGAAAGGAGCUGCUAAUGUACACAUGUGCACACAACUGGGAAUCAACAAUGAGUUUAUUGUUCACGGUAGACACAGAUGAAGCUUGCAAAAAGGCUGGGAUAAGUGGUCCUGGACUACAGACUUCGUUGCCUUGAAUACACCAGUACAAACUGUCAUUCACUCUGCACCAGGCUAAGUGAGCAAAAUCUAUUUGAAGGUAUCUUGUUUGUAAACAUUUGUCAGAUUCUAAUUUUUUUCUUUUUGUAUUAAAAUUCAACUAUGGAUGUAUAUGAAUCGAAAUAAAUGGAGAUAAUUUUUCUCCCACAGA